AUGGCUGUUGAAGGCGAUCGCGAGCUGGCCUUCUUCCCGGGUAUCUGCCGAGGGCUGGCUUUUGAUGGCUUCAAAUAUGCUAGUGAAGCUGGUGCAAGGGCUGCAGAUAUCAAGAUCCACAAGAGCGCCUUCGAUAAUGUGAAUGAUGGAAUUGCGGAGACAUUCAAGAGUUAUUACAACGGAGGUGGCGUCUUUGUUGAUGCCAAGAAGCUGGAGAAUAGAGGUGUGCAGAUUCUGGCCAGCUACACGGAAGAUUUGCAUGUCGACCCAGGCGACAGCAAGGCUGCAGUAGUGUAUCGGAAAGUUGGUGAAGGCUACGCUGUGGUUACUGGAAGAAUCGCCCCACAGAAUCUGAGCAAAAUCCCGAGCCUGCCAUCAUACGAAACAGUCAUCGAAGCUAUUACCGCUACCGACGCUACCCGACUGGCUUUUAUGCGCUUGAUCCUUGAGAAACUUGGCUUGCAAGUCAAUGAGCAGGAACAAGCGGUACCGUCCCUUUCCCGUCUACAUCUCACAGCUCACAAUCUUGCAGACGUCACCGAGAUCGUCGCGAAAUGGACUGAAAUCCUCACUGUGAUUGAUGGUGACGAGUACAUCAAGGGAGAAAAUGAUGUCUUCCGCAUUGAGAAAGAGGGUACAGUGUGGGGUAUGAAGGAACUGAAGAGAGCGGUCAGUGCCAUGUCAGAAAGACUGCCUACGCUUUCAGCAGUAACACAUGAAAGCAAAGAGCAAGGCGAAGCAGUAGAUGAGAGCAGUGGUAAGAAGAAGCUCAAGACGAAAGAGGAGGAAAUACAAGAGUGUAUCGAAUACACUGCAAUCAACAAUUCCGAUCAGAUCCUGGACUACGACAAGGUUGUAAAAUCUAUUGUACCGCAUGAGAAACAGCUUCCAUCGUCAAGCGAGAUACCGUUCCACCACGAGGCCUUCUACUCCAACCUUCAUUUCUACCAUAACAAGCUCCGUAACCCGAACGCGUCGUUUGGCAAACACUUGAUGUAUGCCGAGGUAGUCACGUCCACCAACACCCUACUAGAGAAGAACCCGUCAUUGCUUCGCACACUACCCAACGGCUUCACCAUAACCGCAACUACGCAAAUCGCUGGCCGGGGUCGAGGAAGCAACGUCUGGGUCGCACCUCCAGGUGCUCUCAUGUUCUCCACAGUCCUCCGGCACUCGUUCGCCCUAAGCCAAAGCGCCCCUGUCAUUUUCAUCCAGUAUCUCUCUGCCCUGGCCAUCAUUCGAGGUAUCAAAACCUACGCCCCAGGUUACCAGGACAUCCCCGUAAAACUGAAGUGGCCAAACGACAUCUAUGCCCAACUGCCAGGCUCCUCCAACAAUCCUCUCGUGAAAAUCGGUGGUAUCCUCGUAAACAGCAGUUACUCUGGCUCCACCUACGACAUCAUAGCCGGUAUCGGCAUCAAUCUCUCCAACCCUGCACCCACCACAUCCCUCAACCUCCUCGCCUCCUCACAAGUUCCGCCGCUGAAGCCAUUCACUAAUGAAAAGCUCCUCGCAUCCAUUCUCACGCAGUUUGAAUCGCUGUACACGGAAUUCUGCUCCACAGGCUUCAACCGGGACAUGGAAGCCGAGUACUACGAUUAUUGGAUCCACAUGGACCAACAAGUGACGCUGGAGAGCGAGGGCGGCGUCAAGGCGAAAAUCAAGGGUAUCACGCGUGACUGGGGGCUACUUUUAGCCGAGGAACUAGGGUACGAGGACCGUCCCACAGGCAGGAUAGUCGCCUUGCAAAGUGACAGCAACAGUUUUGAUUUCUUCAGAGGCCUAGUUCGGAGAAAGAUAUAG